AUGUGGCACGCACGUUUUCUCUGUCUUCUGAGCACAGCUCAAGCUGGAAAUAUCCUAUCUCGACAAGACACGGCGCAGAUAGCCUGGAACGUUUCUGGUUUCACAGCUUACGAUGUCUUAAACUACACAAACACUCACCUUGACGACUCGCCGAGAAUAGAAACCCCCUUGCGAAUUCUCUGCGUCGGAGACUCAAUCACUGAAGGAGCGGGGAGUAGUUCGAAUGGUGGCGAUGGAAACGGUUAUCGACUUUCUCUUGCAGAGCAUCUAUCUCGUGAAGAUGUUGUUUUUGCCGGGACAAGACAGAGAGGGUCGAUGAAGGGCAAUUACCAUGCAGCAUGGUCUGGUAAGACUAUCCAAUACAUAAGCGAUCAUGUAACAGAAUCCCUGGAGCAAAGACCCAAUGUUGUUCUUCUUCACGCUGGAACAAAUGACAUGGACCAACGGUCAUCGGUCUCUAAAGAGGGAAGCGACCCAAAAGGCGCCGCAAAACGUCUAGGCCAUCUGAUUGAUCAGACAAUCCGUUACUGUCCCGAUGCAGUAAUUCUCGUCGCAAUCCCUCUAUCGUCCUGCGAUAGAUUCAAGUCCAAGAUGACCGAGUACCGGGCCAUGAUUCCCGAGGUUGUGCGGCAGCGUCGAGAAGACGGAAAGCACGUUGUUGCUGUGGACUUUAGCACUUUUGAUUUGAAGGACUUGAGAGACUGCCUGCACCCUACAAACGAAGGUUACAGGAUUAUGGGUGACUACUGGUACGACUUCUUGACCCAAGUGCCAGAAGGUUGGAUCAAAGAGCCUGUUGGAGAUGAUCCGGAGCGAGAAGAGGAGAAUGGAGUUGGUCUACGAGUAGGGGUGGAUCUGAGGCGUGCUGUGGGAUUUGGUUUGUGUUGGAUAGUGUAUUGCAUACUGUAG